AGCGCAUUCAUGCUGUAUUGUCACGGGAGACCCCAAACUAUCUGCGCCUGUCAUCGCCAUCGCCAUGGGGAAAAGGCUGCGGUGUGUCUGUUUGCUCGUUUUCCUCAUUUUCAAAGAAGCGUCUGGCUUAAAGAUUCAGAACAAGCUGCUGGGUAAAUGUCUGCAGGUGCAGGAAGGUGGAGGGAGAGUGUCUCUGGCUGACUGCAGCCCAUACUCCACCCUACAGGAAUGGCGCUGGCUCUCGGGAAGCCAGGCUCUCAGCAGUCACCACACAGGGGAGUGUCUGACCGCACCAAGAGAGCAGUACGAAGGUGUCCACCUGCAGCCCUGCAUCUUUUCGACAGAGAGUGACAAGAAUGGUGCUGAAGUGGCAGCGGUGGAUAUAGGUAGAGAGGCAAGCAGCCAGACAUGGUCCUGUUCCAAGAAAGGCCACCUCACUUUGAUAGGGAGGGGGCUGCACCUUAGUGCCACACAAGAAUCCACUUUGGUCUUCCUUUCGAGGGAACACAAGCAGCAGGGCAGCAGGUGGCGGACACUUGACAACCAGACGCUGUGCAAUGGGAGAGACAGCAAACAUAACCAACACCAACCUCUCCACCAUCUGGGGAAAUCGCUGGAACGUGGGAUUCUUCCAAGUGCUGUCUCUGAUAUACACAGACCAUUUGAAAGUAUAAUGGGCGUUGAGGUCACAAAACCAUAUCCUGUAAUAGAUGAGCCUCUUUCGUCCCUGAGCACCAAAUCCCCUGCAGAUCCCACCAUGGUUUUCUUCAGUAUGGACUACGGGAUGGGCUGGAAGAUAACAAUGCUGGUACUAAGCUCUUUGGCUCUGGUCCUGGGGACUGUGAUCCUUAUCCUCAAUGUUUAUUCCAAUAGAAGGAAGAAGGUGGUGUGUGUUCUGAAGUCAUACACUCCGAGGCCAGAGGUGAGUGUUCCUGGGUCCCCGGUGCCCAGUGAAAGAGCCCCACUGACAGAGCAUGCCAUGCGCCUCCCACAUUCCUCCCCCACUUUACAGCGAGGAGAAAUCCUGAUUGAGUGGAAGGAUGGCACUGUUACUCCACUGUACGAGGCCUGAGGGUAGUGUAGGUUUGGACAUGGGUGUGUUUUUGCAAGCACACAUGGUUUCAUGUUCAAGGUUAUGCAUGUAAUCUUCUGAUGUUCUCUGUUGUUUCAGACUGUUUUCAUCAAAAAGGAUACUAAGCAACCUGUCGAUGGUGUAGUCUAGACUUUUUCAUAAAAUGGAAAGUUCAUGGAUGAUUCUCUGAGGCUUAGCUGCUACAGGAAGAUAAAGGUUGUUGUGAAACUACUAGAGUAGAAAAAGCUGAGUAUGACCUGGAGUGUCUGAAAGUCUGAAAACAGACCUGACCUCUGUUGAUGGAGAUUUGAGGGAUUGCUUGUUGGCUGAAAGGAUUGUAAAAUGAAUGUUUAAGCAUUCAGACAUUGUUUGAAGACUUACUAUAAGUACCAUUUCAAGGCUCAACAAAGCAACCAAUAGCUUCAGCCUUAAGUUGGAUAAACACUUAGGAAACUAACUUUUGUUUGCCUACGCCUAAAACUGAAACUUCUUCUACCUUGAUCUUUGAUACUGAUGUCCCGUAUUUGCUUUAUUUUGAAGAAUUUAAAAGCUCUGUAGCCAAUUUUUGAUACAGUGUUGAUUUGUCACGUAACAUUGGGCCUAACAUCGUUGGACACACCUUAGCUCCUGAGACUCACACCAUUAAUAAUAGGAUUAAUAGACUAUUUUAGGAAAAUACACUCACCGUUGUGUUGCAAGAAACAUUGCUUGCUUAACAAGAUUCAGUAUUAUUUAGCGUGUACUCCAUAUCGAUAUAGAGUAGUUAAGAUGUUUCAGAAGAAAAUACUAAUCUAGUUUACAUGGAAAUGUUAAGUGUCUAAAACAGUAUAUUUUAGUAUUGUUCAUUUUGUUUGAUACUGACAUUACAUGAGCAUUUAUUCAUUUAAAUUGAUAACAGAGUAUGUUUAUGACAUUGACUUGAGCUUGACAGUUCAUUUUCAACCUUUGACAAACAGUUGACAAAAUGAUCUCCACUUAAAGGACCACUUACUUCCUUUUCCAAGGCCUUUCAAUCACACAACACAGUCUUCAUUGGUACAUAAACUGAGACGAGGAGAGAACUGAGGGACUGUAGGUGUAGAUGUGAAUUUUCCAUUAUAUUGAGCAUUUUUUGGACUUCUCAUCCAUAAAGGUUCACUGUGACGAUCAUAGGAUAUGGUUGAAAGCCCCAGAACCAGCUCAAGUGGAGAUUGUUUUGUCAGCUGCCAUUGGCUUUUUGUGUUUGUAUGUGGUGACCAGGUAGACCAACAAAGAUGUGGUAAAUGUAUAAAUGUGUUUUUAACUAAAAAACAACAACGAUGCACUUGCUAAU